AUGUCUCCUCACAGUGAGAUGGCCCUCGAGAGCAGCGAUGCCGUCGACUUCGUGCUUCAAGUCGGCAACGGCAUCAGCGCCACCGGCAACAGCAACGGCAGAUCCCUUGGGGGACAAGAUGUGCUGCCCCGGCAGCCGGCCCCGGAGGCGGUCGCCGCCAACGGCCACGGCAGCGGCAGCGGCCGCCACGCCGUCAGCCGCGCGCCGCCGCCGUCUCCGUACCUGGCGCCGGCGGCCGAUGCCGGGUCCGAGUCCGAAUACGACCUCGUCUGCGUCGGCUUCGGCCCCGCCAGCCUGGCCGUCGCCAUCGCCAUGCACGACGCCCUCGCGGCCGGUGAGCGGCUGCUGUCGGACGGCUCCCCUCCCAAGGUGCUCUUCGUCGAGAAGCAGACGGGCUUUGCCUGGCACGCCGGCAUGCUGCUGCCGGGGGCCAAGAUGCAAAUCUCCUUCAUCAAGGACCUCGCCUCGCUGCGGGACCCGCGCUCCGAGUUCACCUUUCUCAACUACCUGCACACCCAGGGCCGCCUCGUCGACUUCACCAACCUCGGCACCUUUCUGCCGGCCCGGGUCGAGUACGAGGACUAUCUCCGCUGGUGCGCGUCGCACUUUGACCGCCUUGUGCGCUUCGGCCAGGAGGUCGUGUCCGUCUCGCCCGUUGCCGCCGCCGCCGCCGCCAGGGACGGCCAGCCCGUCCGCAGCUUCGCCGUCGAGUCGCGCGACGUCGCCACCGGCCAUUCGCAUGUCUACCGCGCCCGCAACGUGCUGCUCGCCACCGGCGGCCAGCCCUCGCUGCCCAAGAGCUUCCCCCUCAAGCACCCGCGCGUCAUCCACUCGUCCGAGUACGCCUACCGCAUCCGUCAGAUCCUGCCCAAGGCCAACAGCCCCUACCGCGUGGCUGUCGUGGGUGCCGGCCAGAGCGCGGCCGAGAUCUUCAACAACCUGCAGAUGCUAUAUCCCAACUCCAAGACCUGGCUGGUCAUGAGGCCUGAGUUCCUGCGGCCCAGCGACGAUUCCCCGUUCGUCAACUCCGUCUUCAACCCCGAGUACGUCGACAACCUGUUCCCCAAGUCAGCCAAGUACCGCAACAGCCUGCUCACCGAGGCGCGGGCGACAAACUACGGCGUGGUGCGGCUGAACCUGAUCGAGGAGCUGUAUGAGCGCAUGUACGAGCAAAGGCGUGAGCUGGGCCCGGACGAGCGCCGGUGGCCGCAUCGGAUUCUCGGGGGCCGGCAGAUCACCCGCAUCGAGUCGCGCGGCGACGGCCUGGAGCUCAAAGCGCAGUUCGUCUACGACGGCAGCGUAGCUGCUGCCGCCGAGGGCUUUGUCGACGCGGCGGCGGCGGCGGCGGUCGACGACGAGGAGACGCUCGAGGCCGACCUCGUCAUCGCCGCCACGGGCUACAAGCGCAACGCCCAUGUUGAGAUGCUCAGGGGUGCCUGGGAUAUGCUGCCCAAGUCUCAGCCGACGGGGCCCGACUUUGGCAAGGGCAUCUCGGGGUGGAAUGUCGAGACGGACCAGGGCGAGCGCAACUUGGCCGUCGGCCGCGACUACAAGGUCAAGUUCUCACCCGGCGCUGUGGCCGACGAGUCUGGCAUCUGGCUCCAGGGAUGCUGCGAGGGGUCACAUGGACUGAGUGAUACCCUACUGUCAGUCCUUGCGACUAGAUCAGGGGAGAUUGUUGAGUCCAUCUUCGGAGACAGGUCGGGCAAGAAUGGCGUCAAUCAGGCGUGGGAGGGGCGUCGCAGACAACUUGACGCGUAG